GUCUCCUCCAGGCUGCAACAUAACAUCAAUAUCAUCACCCACUGCAUCAUCUCUCCUUGUAAAAUGGAACUAUUUUACAGGAGCGACAAACUAUAUUCUGGAUGUCAGGGCUGUGAAUGCAACCAACACAGCACCUAUCUCUAUUACACUCUCUAAGUCCACAGUGGAGCGACUGGUCCAAGGCUUGAGACCGGGACAAAUUUAUCUAGUGACUUUUAAAGUGUUUUUGCUCGAUUAUAUUACAUGCAUCGACUCCCAGACAGUACAGACAAUUCCUUCCACCUCACAAAUAACAUAUUCAAAGGCAAUAUCAAGCACCUCGAUCAGGUUUGAGUGGUCCAGUGCACAAGGAGCCGAUAAAUAUAUUUUGGUGGUGAAUGGCACUUUCCAUCCUGAGACUCAGAACUUCACAUUUAACUCGCUAAGUGGACAGAUAGACAACCUCCAGCGAGCCACUUCGUACAGCUGUUACAUUUAUUCUGCCAAUUCUGCAGGACUCAGCACCAAGAGCCUUGUCAGAACCAUCAGAACAUUGGUGCAGCCACCAGAUAAUGUGGCCGUGAGUGAGUUAACGCAGACUACGGCUCGUGUAACAUGGAACAUCGUCUCAGGUGUCCUGCUUUACCAGCUUUCAGUUAUUGCCAAUAACAAGCCGGGAGUUCUCCCGGUUCUUAAAAAUGUCACUAGUACCGCUGUGAAUAUCUCAAACCUGGAGCCGUGUACAACAUACACAAUAGGCGUUGCAUCUAUCAACAUGUUCCUUGAACCAGGAGAGUCCAAUAAUGUCACCUACUCAACUACCACUAUUGGAACAGUUUCCUCCAUCUCUGUGGAGUACAACUGUCUUACUUCUACGGAAACGAUUAGCUGGGAUGCGGUUUUUGGUGCCACGUCGUACCGUGCCGUCAUUACAGAUGGCCAAGGCCGGUCGCUCAACUGCUCUUCAACGGACACCUCCUGCCAGAUCUCGAAUCUGGUCUGCGGGGAACGGUACACUGUAUGGAUUACAGCCAUCGCUAACUGUGAAAGCACUUCCGACGGCAGCUACUUCUUCGAGACAGCACCAUGCCCACCCAAAGCGCCAAAAGUGUACCGCGAGUGCUCCACUAGUGUCAUCUUGUUCUCGUGGGAGCCCACCAACAACACAGCUUAUUACUUCGCCAUUGCUGUGGACUCGGACGGCCUGGUAACUGAGUGCGUCACUGUGGAAACCUCCUGUUAUUUCACCGACACUGUCUGUGGUCAAACAUACAGCUUCUACGUCAGCGCCGUCUACACCGGAGGACUAGACUGCAACAGUGGAAAAACAGAGGGUUUAGUCGUCAAAACAGCCCCAUGUUUGCCGCAGAACAUCUAUGCGAUUGCAAAUUGUAAUAGCAUCAGCAGUGUCAUCAUUACUUGGGACAAGGCUGCAGGAGCCGAAGCCUAUGUUGUGGAGGCCCGAGGUAAUCGUAAAGAUUUCUACAACUGUACGUCUGCAAACACAAGCUGCACACUAACAGAUCUGGAUUGCGGAGAGAGCAUGAGCGUGUGGAUUGUUGCCAAAAAUGGUGAAUGCACUACUGAUCCUGUAAUGGGAGAUGUGGCAGACACAGUUCCCUGCAUUCCUCAGAACGUGUCUGCUGUGGACACCUGUAGUUCAGACUCUGCCUCUUUCACAUGGAAUUUUGCCAGCGGUGCAAUCAUCUACAUUGGAAUGGCAGUGCAUGUGACUGGCACAGUUCACACCUGUGCUGCCAUGGCGACAGAAUGCACAUUCCCAGACCUACAAUGCGGCGAGGAGUAUGAUGCGUAUGUCUUGUCAACUAACCUGAAAUGCAACAGUUCUGAGAGUCAACAUAUCACCCUGCAGACAGCUCCAUGUGCUCCGGUCAGUGUGGGGGCCACUAGAGACUGUGCAGCAAAUCAAGCAGUCGUAAGUUGGCAGGCCCUUCAGACUGGGAGUCUAUACACAGCAGUACUGCAGGAUGAACAUGGGCCCACAGUUAACUGCAGCUCCAGCUCUAACAACUGCACAUUCACAAACCUGCUCUGCGGAAUGAAAUACAACGUCACAGUCACAACAAAUGAUGGUCAAUGUGGAAGUCAGCCAUCCACACCCAUUCAAAUACAGUCAGUUCCCUGUGACCCUCAGAACAUAACAACUGUGCUCCAGUGUGACACCAACACAGCCAACGUGACAUGGACUGCCAGUGCAGGAGCUAAUGGGUACACGGCAAUGGCAACAGACGGGCAGCAGCAACGCUUAGCUUCUUGUCACUCUAUGGGGACUUCCUGUCAGCUGACCUCUCUGCCGUGUGGGAUGAGACUAAAUGUAACUGUCCAAGCUGAUGGCGCCACCUGCAACAGCAGCUCUCAACCUAAAGCUGUAGUGGAAACAGCUCCCUGCGUUCCCACCAAUGUCGCUGCUGCUCUAAACUGUUCAUCCAAUAUUGCCUCCGUCACCUGGCAAAGUGCCCUUGGUGCCACUUGGUACUUGGUUAAGGCAGAAGGCAACCAAGGGUACAAGACGUCCUGCAACAACACUGUCACACACUGUGAUAUCCCAAACCUGCAGUGCGGCCAGGAAUAUACCAUCACAGUCAUGGGCAUGAAUGGUAACUGUGUGGGCCCGGCUAGCCAGCCUGUCACACUUGUCUCAGCUCCAUGUCCCAACACUGGCAUUCGAGCCAGUCUGGACUGCAGCACCAACUCAGCACUCAUUUCUUGGACACCAGGCAAUGGUUCACUAAGUUUCAAUGCAACACUGAAGUCUUUCCAGGACCCCCAGAAGCACAACUGCUUGACCAAUGGCUCGUCCUGUAGCAUCAGUUCACUGCCGUGUGGUCAGCACUAUAACAUCUGUGUUACAGGAUACGGGCAGACCUGUUCAACCUCUUCUAAAUCCUUGGUCACUCUUGACACAGCUCCGUGUGUUCCCACUCAAGUCAAUGUGUCAUUAUCUUGUGGGUCGGACACGGCAUCUGUUUCCUGGGCAGCAUCUAGUGGCCUUGUUUCAUACUAUACAGUAACAGCAGUAGAUGAUUUUGGACAUACGCUAACAUGUAACUCCAGCAGCACUUCCUGUGACAUCAGAGGCCUGGCGUGUGGUCAAACAUACAACGUGUCAGUCACAGCUAUGAGCAUGGACUGCACUGGGCAACGUAGUGAAGUGCGUCGCAUCAAUGCUGCACCCUGUGCUCCCCAGUCUGUGGUCAGUCAGCUCUUAGACUGUCAAACAGGUGAUGUUCAGAUCAGCUGGCAGUCAAGUAAAGGGGCGCAGAUCUACUAUGCUCAAGCAAAAUCCACUAACAAGACUCUGUUGUGUAACUCCACCUCCACGUCCUGCACCAUCCCUGCACUCGGCUGUGGACAGACGUACAAUAUCACUGUGGUUGCAGAAGCCAACGGCUGUAGCUCCAACGCCAGUGCGAUCAGUCAGGUCACAGCAGGUAAAGUGACAUUUGAACAAACUGAAUAA